AGCUUUUCACCAUGGAUGUAGGAUAGUGAAACUUUGGCCGCGGCGCGCCAAGCGCCAAGCGAAGCCGCGGCCAGCAGACAAGGGCCAUGAACUCAGCGCCUGCUGCCACCUUGCGCGCAACCGCCAUACCUAGCGAGGCGAGCAACACCAGCCUGGCGGUGCCCAAGCGGUCCAAGUCCAACCUCACCAGCUCCGACAAAGGCUCCGGCAGCAACUCCCGCAGCACCUCGAUGCUCGCGGCGGACAGGCGGCGCACGCGGUCCAAGAAUGAAGAGCUGUCCUUUCAGGAGGAACCCGAAGAGAUGGCCAUCGCCCCGCUGCCUUCGGAGCGCUUCGGCCCCCUGCCCUCGGAGCGCUUCGGCCCGCGGCCCUCCGCGCCCUUUGCCAAGCAGUCCGAGGGCCUGGGGGAGACCGGCUUCGGCGAGCGCACGCCCAUGGGCCCCAAGCCCAGCGACAACUUCCGACUGGUGAAAGCAAAGAGCGGGCUGUCUUUGAGGUCUUUGCAUUCUCGGAUGUCGCAUCAGGAGAGCGAGUUUGACGCCAUAGAUCCGCAGGAGCCCGUGCCAGGGCACUGGGAUCUCAACCAGACGGGUGUCAUCCCGGUGGCCGUGUUUCUGGGCCUAUGGACGGCCUGCGCCUGCGUGGUGCUCUUCGCCAUGGUCUACAUCUACCGCUUCCAGGAAGUGCUGAAGAGCUACCAGCUUGCGGAGGAGUCUGCGCUGGCGCACGCCCAGCUGGUGGCCACAGACCUGCUGCUGCCUGCCGUGGCGGCGGUGGACGCCAUACAGGCGGCGUUGGCGGGGUCGGUGCUGCGAGACCUUUCGGACUACUCCACUGUGCUGAGGAUCCUGCGCCCACACUUUGAGGGGCGGCACAUUCUGGAGGAGGUGGAGCUGGCUGCCCCCCCGGAGAGUGGCGAGAGCGGGUCGGUGCUGGUGAAGCGCAUCGGGCAGCAGGUGAAGCUGCUGACGGACCGGGAGGACUGCCAGGAGGUGCCGGGGAUGCGGGGCUGUGCGCCUCGGGGGCUUUCGGCGAGUACGGACGAGUGGUACAAGGAGGGCUAUGGCGUGGGCAAGCCCUGGGGACAUAUCCCUCCGGAUCAGUUCUGGUCUGGCCCGGUCUUCAUCCGUGAAGACAUGGACUUGGCGGUCUGCCCAGAGCUCUGUUGGAGGCCUGCCUUCAUGUUUGUCAAGCGCGCCAGCAUCAAUGGCGGUCCAAAAGCUGUGAUCACUGGGAUCCCGGAGGUCCAGUCGAAUCAGACCUCCAACUUGCCGGGGCUCCUGGUGAAAGUGGUGGUGUCAGCCUCCCUUUUCAAGGACGUGCUGUCCACUGCCUCCUCCUUGAGCAGAGGCGAGGCCAUGGUGGCCACGGCCAGCGGGGACGUGGUGGCGGCCGAGGACAUGGCAUCGGCUGUGAGCAUCGAUGAGGACUCGGGCCGCCUGGUGGUGGGCAAAGUGCGAGAGGCCAGGCUCUCCUGGGCCGGCGCUGUCACUGACCAGCUGCUGCUCGGGAAGCCGGGCAUCUACACGGAGUCAGGUGCCUACAGCGUCACGGUGCGAAGACUGGAUGGUCCCAUGGACUUGGGCGAGUCUCUGCGCCUGGUCAUGGGAACGCCCAUUUUCUCGUUCAUGGACCCCACGCUCUUCAUGCUCACUUGGCCCUCCUGCGGAGUGUGUGCCGCUCCCAUCGCAGCGCUGACGAGUGGGGUGCUUUGGGCGUGCCUCCGGCGGCGGCGGCAGAAGGAGGCGCCUGCGGCGCGCGCCCGGUCUGUGAUCUCAAGCUCUCCCUCCAGCAAGAUGGCUGGGGAGGCCCCCACACCAGAAUCGCCGGCGUCGAGAGGUACGACCAGAGAGCGGUUUGCAGCCAGUGGACAUAACAGGACGCACCUGGAGAACCGGCGCACCAGCCUCACUGCGGCACUGGGCAUGAAGGAUCUCCGGAAGCGCCUUACCAAAAGGCAGAAGACCAUCGAGCUACACAGUUCCGCCGAUGAGCCAGCGGAGGCCCCACAAGACAUGGUGCAGAUGUCCGAAGUCACCUAAACUUGCAGGCAAGACUGCGAGUGAGACGAGGGUCUGUGGCAUGGCCAAUGCUUAUGCUUCUCAGUAAGCCACCAUCUUUGCAACUUUAGGGUUUCGGAAAUGGCCCUUAGUUGGGAGGGGCCUUUCUCUUUUUCACUUGAGCAGGGUGUAUUGCCGGGUGGCGGCUG